GAACAGAGGAGUGGGGGCCGAAAGAGGAUCACAAUUACAGAACUUCCCUGCCAUACGGAUUAGCACCUUCCCACACUACCUAAUUAUUUUUGGAACUUUUUCAAUCCCAAAAAGUGUCCAAACCCAUACAAAAAGAUAAACCUCACUCCUUCUCUCUGUUCAUGUGUCCUUUAUUCACUUUGCCAAUCGCCAUUAUCUUUUAGAAAAGGUUGCUGGGCAUGUAUGCCGCAGAGGUUUUCGCUCUUUGAUCCUACAUAUCAAAUACCAUCACCUGCCUUCAUACAAAAAUCAUUGUUUUUUUUUUGUUUUUUUUAUUUUUUGGGGUCUUAUGAAAGAUCUCUCGGUUUGAAUGACAACCAUGGUGUAGUUGAUCUGGUAUCCUAGUUCGUUUUUCUUUGUCUCUCUUUGCAUCAACAUGGAGGUUGAAUAUGAAGAAGAAUACAUAAGGAAUUCAAGAGGAGUGCAGCUUUUUACUUGUAAAUGGUCGCCGUUUUCUUCUCCGAAAGCUCUUGUUUUCCUCUGCCAUGGGUAUGGCAUGGAAUGCAGUGGAUUCAUGAGAGGAUGUGGGAUUAGACUAGCUCGUGCGGGAUAUGCCGUGUUCGGUAUUGAUUAUGAAGGCCAUGGACGAUCAAGAGGGGCCCGUUGUUACAUUAAGAAGUUCGAAAACAUCGUUAAUGAUUGUAAUGAGUUUUUCAAGUCCAUUUGUGUAAAGGAAGAGUACAGGGACAAGUUUAGGUUCUUGUAUGGAGAAUCCAUGGGAGGUGCGGUGGGCUUAUUACUUCACAAAAAGGACCCUCUCUUUUGGAAUGGUGCUGUUCUUGUUGCUCCUAUGUGCAAGAUAUCAGAGAAGGUAAAGCCACACCCUUUGGUUGUGAAUCUACUAACCAGAGUGGAAGACAUAAUACCAAGAUGGAAGAUAGUUCCCACCAAGGAUGUCAUAGAUGCAGCUUUCAAAGACCAUGUAAAGCGCGAAGAGAUAAGGAACAACAAGCUAAUCUACCAAGACAAGCCAAGGCUGAAAACAGCAUUGGAAAUGCUCAGAACUAGCAUGAGCCUUGAAGAGAGUUUAAAUGAGGUGACUCUGCCAUUCUUUGUAUUGCAUGGGGAGGCAGACACGGUAACAGACCCAGAAGUGAGCAGAGCAUUAUAUGAGAAAGCUAGCAGCGCAGACAAGACCAUCAAAUUGUAUCCCGGAAUGUGGCAUGGUUUAACUUCAGGAGAGCCCGACGCGAACGUCGAAAUUGUAUUCUCAGAUAUCAUAGCUUGGCUGGACAAGCGCACUGGUAAUGACAGGGAUAUUGUCGUUGAAAAAAUCCACGCUUUCGGCAAUGGCGGAUUGGAACUCGCUCCGACAGCAUCAGCUGCAAUGAUAACCGGACAGCAUCAGCAGCAGCAGCAGCAGCCUCGGCGGAGAACGCCGUCUCAUGGCAGCUAUUUUUGUGGACUGAGAGGACGCCGUUUGCAACAUCACUCGGCUAUGUAGGCGCUAUCGAGUAGGAGAUUAGCGCGGCAAAAUGGUAAAUGUAACAUAACAGUGUAACUAAAGGAAAUGGAAUAAAGAAUCAACUCUUGUUUAUGGA